UGCAUAUCAAAUUCGUACUAAUUUUGAUACGUUCUGCAUCAUGUUCAUUCCCAAUGCGAUCCGCGUACCACCCCACCAUCUCAUCCCUUGACGCUCCAACACCAUCUCUCACUAACCCUCGCUGCCUAAUUGACGGGCGCUGGCUUGCACCUUGUCUCCUUCCUUUUGAAAGCCACACACCAUCAUAGAUACAACCGCCACACUGACCCUCCCACAAUGUCCGAAUCCAACCUAAAAGAAGCCUUUUACCGCAAAUUUCAAGACGAUGUCGCAUCCCUUGAAUCACAAAUUUCUUCCCUUCCGGACACACAAGCUGCAAGCCACGAGCGCAACGAAGCCAUAGAGCAGUGUCUAGCGGGUAUAGAUCGCCUGUCACACGAUGUCAUGGACGCGUCGAGUUACUUGCCUGCAUAUGACCAGCGGACAUAUAGCGAGGCCAUAAAAUCUCUCUCCGAAAAACUCCAAGCCAUAAGGAACGCCUUUGACCCCCCCAAGAAGUUCAGCUUCAAAAAUAAAAGGAAAGAAGCUGCAGCAGCAUCUAGCACCCCAGCACCUGCUAGAGAACUACCAAGUACUUCCAUCCCACAACCACUCCAACAAGACGACACCCCAUCCGAUCUCACCCACAAAUCCUCAACCCGCAUAACCCUCGCCUCAACUCGCUCCACCACAAACUCGCCCACAGUAUCCCACCUGACCAGCUGCAUCGUCAAUCUCACCACCAGCAAAACACCAUUCGCAACCCUCUACCUCCGCAACAUCGAAAAUACCCUCAUACUCUGCGGCCACGUCGCAGGUCCCAUCCACAUUACGCACGUAACUAACAGCGUAAUCGUGACAUCGUGUCGCCAGUUCCGUAUACACGAUAGCAAAAACGUAGAUAUCUAUCUGCACAGUGCGAGUCGCCCGAUUUUCGAGGACUGCGAGGGACUAAGGUUUGCGCCGUUGCCGAGGUGUUAUGUUACGCAUCAUAUAUCGGAAUCGCCGAACUUGUGGGACCAGAUUGAUGAUUUCAAGUGGCUCAAGGCUGAGCCGAGUCCUCACUUUAGCAUCAUCCCAGAGGAUAAACGCAUUCCCGAUCACGUAUGGAUCAACAUAGUACCAGAGGAAAGGGGUGUCUCCUUGCAAGAUAUCUUAACUGCUGUCAACAUCCAGCCAUGACAUUCGUCCUCGUAGCAAGACAACAAGUUUCACUCUUUGUAGAGAUCUACGAUCACAAUCACGAUCCAUCACACAAAGUCUUCAAUAGUCUUAGUAAUCGUAUCGUAGAUGACGUGCUACUCUAAUGACGGCUACCUUAACUGCUAAAAUAUCUGCAAAAACCUGUG